UUACUUCAUUCGUUUGGCAGCGGGGCGGAAGUACGUCUCAUGUUUACAGCUGUGAAAACAAAACAAGCAGGAACUGCGACUGCAGCAUGAUGGAUGAGCUGGUGCACGACCUGGUGUCAGCCCUGGAGCAGACCUCCGAGCAGACCAAGCUAGAGGAGCUCUGGGAGGAGAUGGUUCUGAGUCCUCUGCAACAGCGCAGGCAGAUCCGACGGCGCCGGGGACGUAAACGCCGUUGUGACUCCUCUCUCCACCCCUUGGAGCACAGCCGUUGCCUCAGUGAGGCCUCCGAGUCCAGCCUGGACGAAGCAGCCAAGGACUGCCGGGAGAAUGCUGCCCCGGCCCCCUCCGCCGCCAACUACAGCGACUCAGACGACAUGGUAAUGGCCAAGCGCUGGCCCUCCUGCUCCAGCAACAGCUACGCCAUCAAGACCAAGCAGCACUCCUGGCCUGAGUCAGACUCCUUCACAGAGAACACCCCGGGACGGCCACUCAGGAGGAGGCGGAAGGUCAAACGCAUGACCUCUGAUGUGACGGUCAGCCUGCAGCAGAAGUUGACGGUGUCAGGGGUGGAUGGCGAGCGGGGCGGAAACUACAGGUUGUCCAAAAAGCAGCGUCUGUCCAGGCUGAAGAAGGGCGCUGGAGGCUGGGUGGGAGUGGACAGGGAGGCUGAUGGAGUGGGCCUCAGGGCAGAGGAGUGCUGGAAGGAUAAGAUCCCAUUGGUCCUGGAGGCCAAGGAGCAACGAGAGGCUUCUGAUGAGAAUAUGUCUGAAGGUGAAACUAGCAGCAUAUGCAGCAGUGAUCCUGGCCUCUUCACUAACGAUGAGGGAAGACAAGGUGAUGAUGAGCAGAGUGACUGGUUCUUUGAGGGGGAGUGUGGAGCGGGGGGGAUGGGCAUUCCCAGCCUGCUGCCCAGCUGGGACCCAGAUACUCCUCCUGUCCUCGAAGUACCAGACUCAGCUCCACCCACCUUCCUACAGCCUGCACGGCCCACUCAGAGAGGUUACCAUGCCCGUCUGAACCGGUUGCCUGGCGUGGCAGCCCGCUGCAUCAGGAAAGGCCGGAGGAGGCUCCCCAGUAAGGACAACAGUAUGUCAGUGUCUAUGGAGAGAAUGAAGCAUUUCUCUCAGGACCCCUAUCAAUGGCUGCCUUCUAUUGGAAAAAGAGACCGGAGCCAGUUCAACCCUCUGUGUCCGUUACCUGUUUAUCCCAUUGACAUGGUGCCAGACAGCUCCCAUCGGAGAUGCUCCUCUUCCAUCUGUAAAACCAGGCAGACUAACGUCCAUCUGGGACUGCUGUGCACAGGGGACAUCAAGAGGAGGAGGAAGACCACUGCUGUCUCUGUCACCACAACAUCAGCAUGCAUCCCCUUCCAUAAAGAUGACCUGGGAGAGGACACCUCCACCUCCUCCACCUCUCUGAGCAUGGAGUCUGCAGGCCCUGGGCCCUCCACGUCUGACAAGCAGGACUUCAUCAAGCCUGGGACUUUAUUCAGACCUAGCCCCCAGAGGGAGCAGGAGCAGGACUGAGGGGGAGAGAGAGAGGGAGAGAGCGAGAGAGAGGGAGAGCACCCCAUUGCUCUCUGAAUCAGCAUUGUGCUGCUGGAUCAAGUCUUUUCCAUCUAGCAUUUAAAGGAUGAAUAAUGUUAAUGCAAUCAAGCCCAGUUAAUCACUCCGUAGCCAGCCAUUUCCUUGAAGAGCCUCCUCGUCUUGCUACUCCAGACUGCAGCACCAGCCAGGCACCGCCUCCUGUCUCUACAAUACACAGUCUGCAGGCCACCUGCCCAUUACUCAGGCCCAACAAUUAUGUCUUCUUUGAGUUGCCUGGCAUUUGUCAGCAGGGACACUGAAAUGAUGGUCAGGGAGGGUUGAGUGGUUGGGGGUCUGCUCUGCUGAAAGCCUGGGAGAAGUGGGACCAACAGGUCUGCUCUGCUGAAAGCCUGGGAGAAGUGGGACCAACAGGUCUGCUCUGCUGAAAGCCUGGGAGAAGUGGGACCAACAGGUCUGCUCUGCUGAAAGCCUGGGAGAAGUGGGACCAACAGGUCUGCUCUGCAGCGUAUGUAGCAGCUGACAGAUAGGAGAACAUCAAAAUGUUCUGCUACCUCAUGCUGGUACCAGGUUCAGAGAGGUGACCACCGAGAGAGAGCGGCACAAAGAACAGGUCUCCUAUUAGCAUGGAUUGGAAAAGCUACACUGGCUACAACGUCUCUCAUUAGCACAACAGAGAGGGGCUGUGGCUGCGCUCCUCGGAGGGGCCUCUUUGUUCUCCUCAGCUCACCUUCCUUAUUCAAAUUUCAUAACACAUUCAAGUUCAAGGCAAGUCGCACAAUCCGUUUUCAAAACCCUGUUUUUUUUGUGGAAAGCGGUUGUUUUGUGACUGACUGGGCUAAUGUUGAGAGUGUGUUGAAAGUCAGGUGGAGAGGGAUGGGGGAGCAGGAGAGGAGGGUAAAUAACAGUAAUCUCCACCGUGUUUUAAGUAGCACACAAAGAGGAACCCUGGUGUCUCUAGCUAGCUGUGAGGCUGGGCUGUGACUGUCUGCCCUGACAUUACCUGGCAUUCCCUGGCCGCCCGCCCACAGCAGAUAAAUGGGCAGUGCCAGGGGCACAGAGAGAUCAGUGUGGUAGCAUCAUGAUAGCAUACACUCACCAUCCAGUACAGGGCUCAGGAGUCCCUGCAUUAGAGAGCAGAGGGUUUACUCCUGGAUGCCAGCGAGAUCAGUGAUAAUGAAUAACUGUAAGAGAAUGAGAGGACAGCUUUCCCUACUGACUCCGCUCCCUCAGUGGUUUUAUAUCACACGGCCCAGUCACAUGAGCCCAGUCACACUCACUCUAACCAACAUUGUUCAAGCUCUUCAGAGAUGAGACAAGGUAGUGAGUUAUGUGGAACAUUUUAUUUUUAUGCAAAAGAAUCAAGUGAUACAUUGAUUUAUCAGUGGUAUGAUUUAGGAAACCACUCUUUAUGAACUAUAUUUGGCUAGAUAACUAUGUCACUAAUGCAGUAUGAUUAUAAUCUUGGAACAUUUUCAUUGGUCAUUGUGCACAGUAAAUACAUAGCUAUUUUUCAAAGCUUUAGAAACAAUAUUAAAAAAAUAUUAGGUGCAGAUAACACUUCUGUGGAAUAGUCACAGUUUUAUAAAUUAGUGUGAGAUAUAGAUCUGCAGUGAUCCUUUUGAGAAGGUGCUAGCUGACGUUUUAGAAAUGCUGUGUGUGUAUACUCAUCUAAAUGGAUGCCUCUCCCAAGACAUCCUGCUACAGGAAUCUGUCAGUCUGCAGACAGACAGAAAUAACCUCCACCCUCAGACCGCCAGCUCCAUCCUGAAGAGAACACAUCAGUGGGUACCUGAACACAAGAGAGAAUACUCAGCUUCUCAAGGAACCAUAGCACUGUUGGAUAAGAAUAUUACAUGUCAUACAAAAAUAUGCUAAUGUUAAAGGAUAUUGUGAGUCAGAGCUUUUGCUAGAUCAGCUCUGUUUUAACAAGUGCUUGGUCUUUCCUGGAGAGGUCCCUUUCCCUAAUGCCUUAUCCGUCACUCUGUGUUUUGGUGCCAAAGAAAUUGACAGAUGGGAAGGAAUGUUCAGAUCAAGUUUCGUCAAUUGCAGGGGGAAUGCCUUACCUGGCUUCCUCCAUAGUAAUUUGUGUUCACCAUGAUGUGAUGUCUCAGCCAGCCCCCCUCCAAAAUGAAUUUCCAAUGGCCAUGCAGACAGGAAGUGGGGAGAGAGAGCGUUACGUGCACCCAGUCAAUUGCCCUGUUACAGUUAAGGAAUCCAGCGGGCUGGUACCACUCAUAUUUCAUCCUGGGUAAAGAUUACCUGUCAGGCCCACGGGAGAUGUAUUGAUCUGUUUUCCUUUUUCCGGCAGCAAUCACCUGACAAAGGCACCUAGGAGGCGAGUGAAUGAGUGAUGCCCAGUCCGUCUCCUCCAGUGGGAGACUUCCAGGCCGUGUCCACUGAAAAGGGGAUGGGACGGGAUGGGGGGAUGAGGAGACAUAAUGUAGUCAUAAACUCUGCAUGAACCUACUCUCUGAACAAGCAGGGAAGGCUCAUUCCUCCAUCCCUGUAGGUCAGAGGUCAUUUGUGAACACGCUGUUUGGGCCGCUUUUUAAUUUUAAUAUUGUUUUUGUUAUGAAUUGCAUUUGUAGAUGGUUGAUGGCAGAAACACAGAUACAGCAUGUGUUGAUUGCUAACACAUCUGUGGUAUCUGGUUACCGCAGUUCAGUCCCUGCUGACAAAUGUAGAUGUUGUGGGUCAUAAUGGUUGGCUCUGGUGAAAUAACCUCUGUCAAUGACAUCAGUGAUCCAGUCAGUCAAUAGGAAGUGUUCUAUUCAGAGGUGAUCUGUUAAAGAUGAGAAAACAACUGUAUAUUUUGUUUCUGUAUGUCUGGGCACUCUUAUCCAUAAGUUCCAAGCACUCUGUUCACAGGAUCUCCUGAGUUAGUGAUGAUGGUACUGCACUAUCAAGGGUCAAUACUAUUGUACAUUAUCCGUCCUGUAUUUCUUGGCUGCUUGAAUAGACUGAUAUUUUUUGCAUGGAUUGUCAGAAUGUUGAUAUACUCUAUGAAACCUUAAACAUAAACAUAGUGUUCAUUUCAUUGGACUCAUAUUGUAUGAUAUAAAAUAUGAAAGGUCCAUCCAUAGAUGUAGAUCCUGGUAUAUAGAUAUGCAUUUAUUAUGGCAUCUUCAUGACUUCUAAGUGCUAGAUACUAGAUAUACCGUGAUAGACAGAAUGACGAAACUGUCUUGAUUAUAUUUGUAGUUUUAUUACAAGGAUUUUAAACUAUUGUCGUAGGCAGCUAUCCCAUAUGACUAAUAGCAUCUUAUCUUGUAAGCUGUUAUGUUUAUAUUUGCGUAAUUGCUUUGCAAAUGAUCUAAGGAGGAUUAUUUUUAUUCUGUCCUUAGAAAGCCUGCACUGUGUGUUUGUCGUUCUGUCGAUGUCAGAAAUACAUUACAGUAUUUAUGUAGUUGCUAGAUAAACUUAAUAUAGUAUACAGUAUUUAUGCCCAACUUUCCAUACCAUGAUUUCAUUUAAUGUUAAAUUAACAUUAGGAAAGUUAAACAUAUUAGUACAUUAUGAAUCAUUAAUCAUGUACCCAUGUGUAUUUUUAUCACUGUGUGUCUUCAAUAUUCAAUGUCCAUGCCUUUCAAAUAUAUUUAUCCCAAAGGCUGUAACUGUGUGUGUUCAAUACAUGCAUUUUAGUGUUUGGGAUCUGGGA